AUGAAGAUUUUAUAUUAUAUUAUUUAUGUAUUUAUAUUUUUUACUGUAGUUUUAUUAAAUAGUAAUAAUAGUAUACGUGCAUAUGCAAAGUUGAUAGAAUCAGAAACUACAUGUUUAAGUAAUUUAAUAUCAAAAGCAUUAUUAUCGUAUCCAAAAAAUAUAGACCCAGAUAAUAGUUCAUUAUCUUUAUAUUGCGAAAACUAUAGUAGUAAUUUUAAAUGUACAAAUGACUAUAAACUAAGUGAACUUUCAAUAUCAAACAUUAUAAGUUUAAAUGGUUUCGAUGCAAGUGAUUUCGAAUGUUUUUCCCAACCAAAUUUAAAAAUUACACUAGAAAAUGGGUUUAAAGUUAAUGAAAAUGUAUAUUAUUCAACAAAAUACAAAGGUUUUCAGUUUAACCUAAAUAAUUGUUGGGUAUCCUCAAUUAACAAAAAUAUACCUCAAAUAUCAUCUCUUAAUAUUGUAACUAGACUGGGACAGGGAUGGAGUAGCGAUGUAAAGUUAUCGUAUAUUAAAGAUAUUACAAAUUUUUCAAUUACAGGAUCAGGUAUUAUCAACUAUAGAUAUAUUAACGAUUUAUCAGCACCUGCAGAUGGAACCAAAUAUAAUUUGGAAUAUAUAAAUAGUGUUUCUAGAAAUAUUCCAGAUAUGUCCCAUACUAAUAUCAUGAGAUUAAAUAUUGUUAUUACAUCAUCAAUAUAUACUUUUGAUGCUGCAAGUAUGUCAAAUUUGGGUACAUCCCCUAGUAUUCAGUAUAUUUCAAUUACUGGUGAUUCAUCACAAAGAGUUCCAUUCCCAACAUCAAUACUUUUAUUAAAAAAUUUAUUAGGAUUUUCAAGUACAAAUCUUUAUUAUACAACUUCAGGUUCUAUCGAUUUUUCAAAAAUGACAACUUUAACUGAGUUAUAUUUCGAAAAAAGUGAUGGUUUUUCAACAGAUAAUAUUCAAAUUGUUCCCAAUGGCAUUCCUAAAUCGCUUAAAUCAUUUACAAUUAAAAAUACAAAAAUUAAAUCUUCAUAUCCAUUUUAUGGUUUCUUUGUCAAUACACCAAAUGUAAUUGCAACUGGUUGUAGUUUACCAGAUAAUUUAGAACAGGUAGUUCAAUUAGCAGAUACAAAUAAAAUGAAAACCUUAGACCUUUCAUACAACUCAUUAGGUGGAACAAUGUCCGAAAAGUUUUGCAAGGUUCAAAAUCUUAAUAUUUUUUCAAAUUACUUGAAAGGAGGUCCAAUUCCAAGUUGUUUUUAUUGCCAUUUUAAAAACAAUAAGGCACUAUUAGAUAAGGUUACAGGCCCACUACUUUCUAGAAACCAAUAUACCAAUUUCGAUUACCUUAAAGAUACCUACUAUAAUUACCCAUCGUGUAAUUCAAUUAUACCAGAUUUAAAAUUUGAAAAUGGUAAAACUUAUCUUUUUGGAGCUGAUUUAGGUUUUGACCCAACUUAUUUCAAUACAGUCCCAAGUGCCACAUGGAAUGUCGAUGUUUCAAGUAAUUCUUUUUAUAAAGAAGGUGUAGAUAUUGAGCAGUUUGAUGUUACUUUUAUUUACCCAAAUCAAAAGUUUACAGUAUCAGCACUUAAAUUACCAGCUCAAGUUACUCAAGUUUAUGUUUCAUCAUCUGGCCAAUUAUCUUUUACAGGUUCUUAUUUCAGUUAUAAUAUUGGAUCAAUUAAAGCUGGUAUUGUGAAUGGAGCUGGAUGCACAGUUUUAUCAAGUACUUUUUAUUCGAUGGUAUGCCAACCUACUGUUCCAAUUUCAUCAAUUCAAAAUCUUGUAGAUGCAAACUUUUCAAUUACAAUAGGUACUCAAACAGCAUAUAUACCAAUUACAUUCAUACCUGACUUUACAAAUCGUUAUUUAUCUUGUUCAGAAGAUUGCACAAACAAAGGAUAUUGUGAUAGAAAUUCAGGAUUAUGUAUUUGUAAAGGUUGCAGUAAAUCAGGAGACCAUGGUAAGUGUGAUAUUAAAAAUAGAAAAUGUAACUGCGACACUUUUUGGAUCGGUGUCGAAUGUAACACUCCUGAUCAUUAUGUAUCAUCUGUAGUUCCAUCAAACAUUGCAGGUGGUAAUGUAACAUUAAAUGGAUGGUAUGGCCCAAUUCACAACAAUCCAUCAGUUCAAAUCGGUAAUGUUUUAACAGGUUACAAAGAUUGUCAAAUUUUAGAUUUCACCACAUCUACAAUAAAAUGUUUAAUUGGAGCAGGCACAGGAAGACAAAAUGUUAUUGUUACUCAAAACGACCAUUCGUGGACAGGAUAUGGAAUCUAUUUAUAUAAUGAAACACUUAUGACAUGCCCCAACGAUUGUACCAAUUCAACAGUCGGCUCAUGCGAUGUUAGAUUUGGUAAUUGUAUUUGUAAAACCAACUAUACAGGAAUUGAUUGCGGUACAAGAGUUAUAUACCAACCACCACAAAGCAACACUACAGUAGAUCAAGGCUCAGGUUCAACAAAUAUAACAAAUGAUGGAACCAAAUAUAUUGUUAGAAUAAGUAAACUAGCAGAGAUAUCAAUUAAUCAAACUAUCGUAGCUGAAUACAAUUUAGAUCCAAAGAAAUGGAAUGUUACAGUCACCAGAAAUGAAACAGAUAACACACUAUAUACGUUUAAACAACUUGUAUCAAAGAACACAACGGUUACAUAUAUAAUCGAAGAGAUAUCGAUGGGUGAUAAAAACUUUACAUUUGCAGAUGUUCCUUUCCUAGUAACAAAUGGAAGUAUUAAACUAACAGUAGAUGUUGAAAAUUAUGAAUAUCUCACUUCAUUAAAUACAUUACAAAUUCAAAUGAUAUCAUCAGUCGAAUCGAUUGGUGAAAGAUGCAUAAUAGAGAAAGCUCAAAUCAACAAUAUUGAUCAACAAUCAUCACUUAACUACAUUACGAUUUCCAAAGAAGGUAAAACUUUGACAGGUCGUUUUAUCAAUAGAGCUCUUUCAGACGGUAGACCAACCUAUAUUUCAUCUAAUGUUGUAUCAAAAGACGAAUCAUCAAUUACAGUUGGAUUAAAUUUACCACAUUGUAUUCAAUGCAUUAUUGAUCCAGAUUUUUCAGUUCUUGUAUCAUCAAUAAAAAAAAAUAAUGGUUGUGAAACUGAAGAAAAAGAAAGAAAGUGGUUUUUACCAGUUGUAAUUGUUAUACCAGUUGUAGGUGCAACAGCAAUAUUAAUUGUGUCUAUUGUGAUUUAUUCAAAAUAUAGAACUGCAUUAAGACUCAAAUUAAAUUCGUUUUUAGAUCCAUCAAUUAAAAUGAACGAAAUAAAUUAA